AUGGCACACCCGAGGCCUGCAGAGAACUUCCACGACCUCCAAGGAGAUUCCCAAUCUCACCCGUCGCCCAACCUCGAUGGCGUGGGAACGCUGGGGGUGGUGACCAGGACAGGCGUGCAUAUUUGGAAGGAAGAUGGCGAGAUCUCUGCUUUAGAGGUGCCCAGCAGCACGACGAGCGCGGCAGAGGAUGAGGAGGUGAACGUUCAGGUCUUUGUGAAGGAACCUGAGAGACGGGGUCACCUGUCAAAGAUGGCCGGUGAGUUGGCCAUGGAAAAGUUCGAGAGAUGUGAUUUACUUGUCGUGGUCUUCAAUGUUCUAGGAUCGUCCCGAUCCAAAGGCAUUUGCUGGUUGAGAGAGGUCAGGGUGCGAGAGCUGUACUCUGAGCUCUGUGGCGCUGAGAACACGUUUUGCGGUGACGUGAUCUACGAGGAGCUGGAGGAACCUCCGAAGCCAUUGUGUUUGCCGACCACCUUGUGUCAGCUGCUGGGCGGAAUCCGAAGGUUGUGCGUGCACGCCAAUCGAAAGGACGAAAAGGUGAGAGACCGCAGCAAACGACCGCGGGAGACCAACCUCUAUGCGGUGACGGAAUUGAUCAUCAUUCCAAAGACCAAAGCGAAGGGUGUGAGCUACUCGGAACUCGUGAAUCCAGGUGGAUUACAGGUGGACUAUUUCAUCUCGCACCACUGGGCGGAAGAUUUUGGUGAAUUUGUCCAAAGUGUCUUGAGACACGCCAUCAUCGCAGCGGUGGAGCUGGGGCAAAAUGUGAAGUGGAAGGAUGUGGUGUACUGGUGUUGCGCCUUUGCCAACAACCAGCAUCAGAUUGAGCUAGGAGAAACGCUUCAGAAGAGCCCCUUUUACCUGGCGCUGAAUUCCCCCAACUGCAAGGGAACCGUGAUGAACUUGAACCAAGCAGCCACCGCCUUGGACCGGAUUUGGUGUAUCUAUGAGGUCUAUCUCACGCAUAGCUUGGAGAAACCUUUCACCCUGAACUUCCGCUUGGGUCCUCUGGUGGGAGUCGUGCAAGAAACCAAGGAGAAGGAUUCCUGGGUCUUCCACAUCUUUAAGAUGUUGCAGCACAUCGAUGUGUCGCAAGCGGAUGCUACGAAUCCGGAUGACUACAAAAAGAUCCUGGGCUUUGUGGUGGAUACCCUCUGGAUCAUGGGCGAGAUCGAGAACUUCAAAAGUCGCGAAGGCACCGGUCCCAAGGCCUUGAAUCGUAUCGUCAAGGCCAUGCUGGGAUCGCAGGCCAUCUUCACCUUAGCCCGUCGAGGGGAUCUGGGCGCUGUGAAGCGCGCGCUGGAGCUGGAUGCGGAUCCUAAUAUCCCGGACACCUUGGGCAUCCGACCCUUGACCUACGCCGCGGGCAACGACUUCAACGAGGUCUGCCUGACGCUCAUCGCCGGCUCCGCCGACGUGCGGGCCCAGGUGGGAGCCAAAGAGGUGCUGGGCAUGUUCUCGGCGAACCGCACGGAGCGGCGGCGCUGCAUUGAUGCUGUGCCCCGGUCAACGGACGUGGCAUUCGGUGGCCAUGGGUCACACGUGUUUUUGCUUCAUCGUGCCAUGGAUACCUGGGGUGUCGACAUCACUGCACCUGACCUUUUGGUGCCAAACUGGACUGAACUCACUGCUGGGGCCAAAGUUUCCCUUGUUUUGACUAAUUUGGUUUGGUUGGAAGACGCCACUCUGGCUUGUGCUUUUCCAGGUGGUCGAUCGAUCCGUGUGACUGGCUUGCCUUCCGAGCACAAAGGGUGCGAAAAGAUCACCAUGAUUGAUGCCUUGUUUGACAAGCAGGAAAUGUGUGUCGACCUUUUGGUCACUGAUGAGACCUGCAUCAUUCAGCAUGGCUUGAGAUCUCUUGAUGACAUGUGGAACUUGGUUGAGAUGUGUGCGGGACUUGGUGCUUCUGCCUCGGGCUUGGUUCAGGCUGGCUUUGUUCACAAGUGUAGCAUGGAAUGGAGAGAACCGAUUGCUGAACUGCAUCGAAGGCUUCACAAGCAUGUUCCUGUGAUUGCAGGGGACAUUGCCAACGUCAGCCUUCUGAAACUUGUGCACCAGGAGUGCCAGCCUCCUUUUACGUUGGCUGCAGGCUUCUCCUGCCAGCCAUUCUCACAAGGUGGCUCACAGGCCGGACAGUUUGAUGAUCGCUCUUCGACUUUACCCGCGAUUGUCAAAGCAGCACACCUCAUGCAAUGCCCUGUUUUGAUCGGUGAGUGUGUCACACCGGCUUCAUGCAAUGCUUACGUGCGUGCCCAUCUGCGUGUCCUGGAAUCCUUGGGUUAUUGCGUGUCUGAGGCCUGGUUCCGUCUUGAAGAUGUUUGGGCAGCCAAAAGACAUCGAUGGUGGUUUGUUGCGGUUUGGUCAUGUUUGCAUGCAGUGCCAUUGAAACCCAUGCCAGGACAGGCGGGUUUUUUGGAACCGAUGGACCUGCUGCACCAAGCCAAGACAGCACUGUUUGCGCAAUCCAAAGUCCUGUACCCGUCACUGUCUUUGCAGCCUAGUGGUGGUCUGUCUGUUGACAUCUGUGUUGAUGGUGAACCAAGUGUCAGGUGUCUUGUUGAUGCUGACACCACAGUUGCUGAUGUCUUGCAUGCAGAAGGUCAACUGGGACGACAACACACAUGGUUUGCCGUGAGUCUUCCCGACCGUGAUGUUUUGCAGAGUGAUGACAAAGUUGCUGGCCUUGCCAUUUGUCUUGUCCCUCACACGUCAUGUCCCGUGAUGCCAAGCAUGAAUGCCGAGGUCUCCAGUUGGUCCCUUGUCCCUGUGCCUGACCAGUGUGAAGCAGCAGCCGAGAGUCUUUGUCCGUCGUGUGUCCCUGCGUCUAGUGCAGCCACCAUAGAAAGUCUCAAGCCUAGCAGCCCUGAACACAUGACAGUUGAUGAUGCCCAGGUGGAAGUGUCGGUUGUCCAAGCCCUUUUGCAGGCUGAACCUGAAGAAUCCAUCGAUGCCCUGUCGUCCUAUGCCAAGCUGUCCCAAAAAGCAUUGCUUGCUUUGUUGCCCCCACUCGUCCCUGAAGCCAACAUGAGUCAUGCGUUGCGCCAGCAGUUGUCUAGUGCCAGAGUCCGUCUCCAGCUCCUGCCAAACCAAGGUGAUGCAUGGGGUGAUGAUGAGAUCCUAUGGGGUUUGUCCGAAAUGCAACGACAGAUCACUGUCUCAGGCAUAGUCGUGUUGGACCCAUUGCUAGCAACCAGCUGGCUGCAGACAGGUGAUGCUGAAACCAUCAGUCAGGCACUUAGCGUCUUUGGUGAAAUCCGAAUGAUGACGACCGCCAUUCAUGUCCAUGAGCAUUGGAUUCCUGUGGUAUGGACUGCACGAUCUGGAGUGUUGGAAGUUGCAAUUUGGGAACAUGACUCCACCGAUAUCAACAUCCUGUCUUCACUGCAUGCCAAGUUGACUGCGGCUUUUGGCCUCACAUCAUAUAGUGUCGCUUGCACUCGACGCACUUUUGGGGUCAGCUUGUGUGGUGCUGCUGUCAUGGCUUUUGGUGCAUACCGUAUGUUGGGUCAUGAACUGCCAAGUGAUGAAGAUGCAUUGCUGCGUUUGCAUGAGACUCACAAAACCCAAUUUGCUGGUUACCUCCAAACAAUCGCCCAGAUUGCCCGACCGUGGUGUUGGGGACUUGGAGUUGCUGACACCCAACAAUUGGUUGCUACGAUGUUGCAGUUCCAUGGAGUACCAAGUGGCCAGACUCAGCAACGUGCCAGGUUGGUCAUCCAGAGCCUUGGAAAGGAGGCUGUUCACAGUGCCAUCACAGGCGUCUCUCCUUGGAAGUCAUUGAAAGCGUUGGCGAACCAGCACAAGCCACCACUUCAAUUGGUCCUGCAAGAUGAGCAUGCCGCUGUUAUUGCCAAGCAAGGACCAAAAAGCAAGAGCAAAAAGGGCAAUCAUGAACACAAGACCAUGCCGACCCGUCCCACUGAAAUUGACCCAAGUAAGUUGAUGCUUGAUGCGGGCAUGUUUCGUUGCGGCCAAGAUGAACCACUGUCACAGCUGAGCCUUGCACAGAUUGGACCGUUGUCCUCCGGAGUAGCCAUCGCCAGUUUUGCUGAUGCUCAGCCCUUUCUGAAGUCGGGUCGUUUGCUCACUUCCAAAGCCUUGGCCAUUUUGGUCAUCAAUUAUCAGCAAGAACUGGAGACCACAUUGACUUGGUCCACGCUGCGAUUUGCUGCACGGUGUACCAUCAAUCAAGAGCCGAUGUUGCUGAACGGAGUGUUGGUUCAACUUGGUACGACACAUGUGUACCAGUUCAGUGGCAAUGCACAGCCAGUGUGUCCCCCAGUUGAAGUUGCCUGCGCCAGGGCGCCAGAUGCUGUGUUGGAUGUCUUUCGUCGCCAGUUUUACAAUGACAACAACAAGCCUGUCAAAGCUGAGAAAGCCUCUUACUUUUGUGUUUUCCUCCGGUAUGCAAAAGAACUUGAGGUCCAGGUUUUGUCGAACAGUGGGCUGGGGGGGAUUUACAUCGAACCCAAAACUGAAGAUGCGUUGCAGCCUCACAGCGCUUUCCAGGUAGUGUGGCUCCCUCAGUUGACAUAUGAGACCAUCUCCCACAAAGCCCGUUGUGAAGUCAAUAGCUUAGGCCUUGCCAGGUCUGGACCAAGGUAUGGCAUCAGGGUUGGAGCACAGCAUUUCCAGAAUGCUUUUGCUGCAUUCAAGCCAGAGGCAGUUUUCCUUGCCCCAGGUCAAAGAUCGACUUUCCAAUGUGGACCAUGGCCGUAUGGCCUCGAUCGUAAAAGCCUUGCCAGAACGCUGAAAGAAUGGGGCUGGGCUGCUCGCCCUUUGCAGCCCAUGCAGAGUGUCCAGGGAGGACUGAUGUGGGCAGUUCAAGCGGUGUCCGAUCCACCGUCCAAUGUGCUUGUCAUGCCUCAUGGUCAGGUUGUGGUGUCCCGUCAACAUGGUCCCGAUGUCCCUCCCAGCCAUGCCACUGCAGUUGUCGGUCAGUCGAGCACGGUCCAGCUGUGUGCUGUCAAAGAUGCCAAGUGUGCCCAAGACCCAUGGUUGAAAGAUGACCCAUGGCGUAUGGCGGUCAACACGAUCGCACCACCCGUGCCCGCACCUGCACAUGCCAAUGCACUGGAAGAAAUGGAGCAAAGGAUUGAGAAGUCUCUGCUGGCCAAGUUGCCCCCUGCUGCUGAACCCAUGGAAGUCGAUGAUCAGGAGAACAGGUUGCAACAGCUCGAACAGCAGUUGACCCAACUGUCACACCGUCAGAAGCUGAGAACCAUAUGCAGAGCACGGCCCAGGUGCAGACCGUCCAACCAAGAUGAUCCUGCUUGGAGCAUUGGGGUCUGCAAUCCCUCUGGAUUGCAAGGAAAAUUCCACGUUUUGAGUUCGGUGCCUGCCAACAUAGUUGCCAUGAGUGAGACACAUCUCACCAAAGGUUCCACACGUGCCUUGCGGGGUAGUCUACAUGCCAUGCGGUCGCCCUUCAAGAAAGUCAUCACUGGUGAACGUUUCCUUGCAGGUGACUGGAACUAUGAGCAGCAUGAACUUCAGGUCACCCAGAAACUGCUGGCUGCAGGGUGGGUCGAAGCACAAACCCUGCACCGGGAUCGCACUGGUGCCCAGCCGGUGUCCACUUGCAAAGGUUCAAGCGUGGUGAAGGUCCAUCUGUCCGGUACUUGUGGCCUUGUCCUGCUCCUGUUGAUUGGCAGUUGGUUGGUGAUUUUGAACAACCGUUUGAAUUUGCAGAGCCAGCUGAUCCAACCGCUCAAUACGUGGGUCGAAAAUGCGGUCCAAUCGCCUGAAGCAAUGAAUGUCCUGCAUGGCAUCUCUUUGUGGCAUAGUAUCUUGCAAGCCCCUGGUUUUGUGCCCAAUUUUUGUGCGUGGUGGCCAAUGCGAGAGUUCAAGCACCCUGAAGAUCCGAUGUUUGUGCCCGCGUGUCGGCCUGAUAUCAAGACUGCCUACAGGUUGUUUGACACUUUCCUUGCGGAGGUGCGCAUGUUGGAAACCCGCCUUCAGACGGCGAAAGCAGCGCACAGGCGACACAGACAUGAAGUUGAUAAGAACCUCAUUUUCCGUGAAGUCGCCAAAGACAAAGCCAGCCCAGUUGAAGUCUUGCUGCAGAGAGAACACGCCCAAGUUGAAUCUGUGGAUGAACAAGAAUCGGCUGUUGUUUUAGACCGUCCAGUCAACUUGAAUGCCACGGAGCCUGUGUGGAUUGCAGGGUCGACAGUGUCUGUCAUUCAUGCUGAAAGUGACAAGGUUUGGCUUGAUGAUGUCAGUAACCUACAGCCCAAAGAUCUCCUGGUCCAAACCACACAGGUAGGUUCUCUUGAUGCUAUUUUUGAUGCUUUCCAGGAACAAUGGAGAGCGCGAUGGUGCAGACAUGAUGCAGUCCCAAACUCACAGUGGGAAGACAUCAUUUGUUUUUCCAAGCGGGUCUUGCGACCAUGCCGUAUCCCACCACUGCAGUUGGAUGCACAGAAGCUUUUUGCCGAACUUGCUCGGAAAAAGAGCACGGCAGCCACCGGCCUUGAUGGUGUGAGCAGAGGUGACAUGCAAGCCUUAGGCCAACAUGCAAUGCAAAGCUACAUGAACAUGUACCACAGAGCAGAGACUGAUGGCAUUUGGCCAGCCCAAAUCACUGCCGGAAAAGUUCACAGUUUGGCCAAGGUAGCUGAUGCAUCCUUACCUGACCAGUUUCGUCCAAUAACAAUUUUUAGUCUAGCCUAUCGGCUGUGGUCCAGCCUCCAGGCCAGGUAUUUGUUGUCUUUUGCUGAAUGUUGGGUGCAUUCUGGGGUUUACGGUAGCAGACAGAAGCUGCAUGCUGCACACCUGUGGUCCAAGUUGAACCAAGAAAUCGAACAUGCUUAUGCUACUGGCCAACCAUUGGCAGGUUUGUCAGCUGAUUUGAGCAAAUGUUUCAACACGAUUCCGAGGUGGCCCACCUUGGUCAUUGCCAUUUUGGCAGGCACACCUGACCGUGUCACGACAGCGUGGGCUGGAGCGUUGCAGAGCAUGGUCCGGCACUUCAAAGUCAGGGAUUCCUUCUCAGCAGGUUUUCCCACGUCCACAGGUUUGGCUGAAGGGUGUGGCUUAUCCGUUUUUGGCAUGCUAAUCCUUGACCAUGUUUUCCAUGUUUGGGUACAGACACAAGCCCCAGCCAUCCGGUCGGUGUCUUUUGUUGAUGACUGGCAACUCCUCACACGCGAUCCUUCUUGGGCAUGUCGCCAGCUUGACACUGUGCUUGCGUUUGCCAAGAUGGUUGACUUGACGGUUGAUAAAGCCAAAACAUUUGCCUGGGCCACUGAUGCGCCCACCAGAGCAGCCCUCCGAUGCACUGGCCUCAGGGUUGAACACCAUGCGCGUCAGCUAGGAUGGUUGCUUGCAGUUUCCAGUGCCCCUGUCGGCGACAGUGUCUGGACUGAACUCAGACGUCGUGUCAAGGCAUCGUUACAACUUGAUAAAGCAGGAGUGAAUUGUCACCUUUUGUGCCUGACUGAGCAUGGUCUUGACCCGCAGUUUUGUGCCCUCCUCCAGACCAUCAAAGAUGUCCGCACAUUUCAGUCCUUGGACUUUUGGGCUGCCGUUGUCUAUCCGUGCGCUGUUGGGCACUUGGAUUUGCCGCCCAAUUCACCUGCCCAGGUUGUCCUCACACGGAUCCAACAACUUGGACUUACGGUGACACCCCAAGGCUUUUUGUGUGACCACAUUGGCUCGUUUUGCCCUGUUACAGUCCCGUUUGGUGAGCUCCUUGUCCGUUUGCAAAGUGCAUGGGUGCGUGUUGUCGCUGCCGAAGUUUCCCACCGUAGUGACUUUGGGGGUUUCAGUUGUGUCGAUGUCCUUUCCACGAGGCAAGGACUUGCGAGCUUGGAUGUUGCUGAGCGUGCCCUGUACCGCCUAUGCCUUGCCGGGGGUUUUGUUACAGCCGAUGUCAAAGCCAAAUGGAAUGAAGGUCCUGACACAUGCAAGUGGUGUUCCCAGAAGGACUCUUUGCGACAUAGGAUCUGGGAAUGUCCCAAGUUUGCUUACCUCCGAGCUACGCUUGCCCCAGAUGCCGUGCAAUGUUUGCCACUCCUGCCGAACACCCUAGCCCUGCGAGGCUGGGCUAUGCUUUCCCCAACAUGGACUUCUUGGAUGCAAAUUUUGCAAGCGAUCCCACAGGACAUUCCUGGUGCUGCAAUGGACUUUUCCCAACAUAGGUGGAAUGAUGUGUUCACAGAUGGAUCAUGCCUGUGGCAGUCCCGCCCACAGUACCGUGUUGCUGCUUGGUCUGCAGUGUUGGCGCAUCCUUGUACUGCUGGUUGGCGUGGUACGUCCCUUGGGGUGUUGGGGUCUUCGGUCUUACCUGGACUUUGCCAGACCGCUUUCCGUGCGGAGUUGUAUGCGGUUGCAUGUGUACUGUGUUGGGCCUCUCGUUGUCAUGCGAAAGUUCGUUUGUGGCUUGACUGCUUGGGUGUUGUUAACAAGUUGGUGCUCAUGAAGAUGGGAAUGUGGGUUGUCACACCUAACCAGACCCAUGCUGAUCUUUGGUUUUGGAUCGCCGAGUCCCUUGCCGAACUUGGUACAGAUAACUUGCAGAUCAUGAAGGUUCCUGCGCACCGAAGUUAUGCCAGUGCCACGAGUCGGCUUGACUGGUGGAUGAUUUACCAUAAUGAUGCGGCAGACAGAGCAGCAAAGCUGGCCAACCAAAGCCGGCCCGAAAAGUUUUGGUCUUUUUGGCGUCAGCAUGUGCAAGGGGUUAUCGCAGCUGAGCGGCUGUCUACCCAAGUCCGGCAACUGCAUGUGGCUAUUGCCAAACAGCAAGUCAUGGGGCAGCACCAGCCCAGAGCAGAGACAACAGUUGUUGCGCCGAAGGAGACCCGUCAAUUUGCUCCUACCUUUGACAAUACUGGCUGGAAGGGAUGUCGAUUACCACAGUUGGCUUUUGUGUAUGGUGAGGGUCAUGCCCAGCGAGCAAUCAGUUGGUGGUCUCAGCGGACGCGUGAUGACAUGGCUUCUAAGGUCUGUUGGAUGUCAAUAACUCAGUUGUUCAUUGACUACAAUUUGACUUUUGGACAACCAGGACCUUUGAAAGUGAACAAGCAGUGGAUCGAUGUGGCCAAUAGGCCCUACGUGGCUCACGAUCAAAUCAACCUGCGUGUGAAACUGAGAUGGUUCAGAAGGUUUCUUCAAAACAUGUUGAAGGAAGGACAGGUACAUGUGUGCUUUGACCAAUGCCGUCCAGAGUCAAGCGCCAUCCAGGCGCAUGUGCAAUGCGUGAGUGUUCAAUGGAGUGACUGGCAUCGAGACAGAGUUGUGCGCAUCAUUGAUGAGGAGCAAACCGAAGGUGUGCAUAGCGCGGCAAUCAGUAAGGCGUUGCUACAGCAUACCACCUCCAGAGCACAGGACUUGACCUCCGCAUUGGACGCUGACAAUGCAGAACUGCGCCUAGAGGUGGUCCGUGAGCUCCGUCUGCUGCUGCAUGCACUGGUGGAUCACAGCUUGAAGCUACAGCAAGGCGCCGGGGACAAGGCCGGCGAGGAUGAGCGCUUGGCGAUCGGCCAACAUUCGCGGCAGAAGCUCGUUGAGGAGGAGGCUGAAAAGAUGGCUGUUGGCAGCGGCGGUGCUGCAUCAAGCUCAGCAUCAAAGGGUCCGAAGAAGAAGAAAGGCGAUGACCAACCUUCGAAGAAAGAGGUGAAGAAGGAGGACAAGAAGCCGGUGGCAUCCUUUUUCACCUGGUCUGGCAGCAUCUGUGACUUCGUGGCCAGCGACCCCAGAUUUCUGUCUUCCCACUCCACUGCGAGAUUGAUUCUCGAGAAGAACAUGAUGGUGUCCUUUUCGCUUUAUACCCUUUUGUUGAUGGUCUCCGUCCUGAGCCUCAGAAAGGGCUUGUACAAAUAUCAGAUCACGCAGUACACCUGGACAGUGGUGACGAUCUGCAUCGUGGUCUUCCAAACCCAGGCGGUGUUUCAUCUCAUCUACGCGGGGUUGUUCUGGUUCGUUCUUCCAUCAUCGCUGGUAAUUUGCAAUGAUAUCAUGGCCUACUACUGCGGUCAGGUCUUCGGUAAGAAGUUGAUCAAGCGAAGAUUCCUGGAACUGUCGCCCAACAAGACCUGGGAAGGCUUUCUGGGGAGCGCGUUCUUUACCAUGCUUUUCGCCUUUUGGUUCUCAAGACAUCUCUGUGGUUACAAGUGGAUGACCUGUGCUCCCGAGCACAUCACCUUCACGGUGUCUCCCUUGAGCUGCGAACCGGAUCAGAUGUAUCGACCGCAGAGCAUCGCGCAGAUCCUCUACGUCACCUGGAUGCGGCCGCCAGAAAGCCUCCCCUUUCCAGGCUCGGUGCCCAUGCUGAAGGCCUUGGGCGAGCUGGAGAUCUGCCAAGCUCAGAUCCACGCCUUGAGCUUGGGAUUCUUCGCGUCCUUCGCCGCGCCCUUCGGAGGUUUCUUGUCCUCCGCCAUCAAACGUGCCUACGGCAUCAAGGACUUCAACAACCUCAUUCCGGGUCACGGAGGCAUGAUGGACCGCUUCGACUGCCAGUUCGUGAUGUUUCUGUGCACCUUUGUGCACAUCCGCACCUUUUGCCAAGCCCCGGUGACCAUUGAGAUGGUCUUGGCCAGCGCCGCGAAGUUGAGCCUCAACGAAAAACAGGCCGAAGGGCCGGCGCGACUUUCCCGGGGCGGGAACCGGGGGGACCGGGGGAAGACCCGUUUGUUUUUUUUUUGA